UUGGGUUGUUUUUAAAGUUUGAGUGCGAUUUAGCUGAAACUGAACACGCUGCUACUUUGAAUCACUUGAGUUUUGAAGCUUGAAUUUUAAGGGAUGGGUCAGUGCACAAGUGGAGACUUGCCUCCACAGACCAGUGAUGAGGCUGAUAAGGCUAAUGAAGAAAAUAAUCCUGGUGUGUCACCAUCAAGUAGUGAUUCCCAUAAACCAUCAAGUAUGAAAAUGUUUCGUCGCCGUUCAUCAAAUACAACAUGGGUCAGCACAAAAUUUGGACGAAGGCAUAAGACGAAAGAUUUGUCAGCUGCUUUUAAUCUUUUAGACUAUGAUACCAAGGUAAAUCUGUUGAAUAUUAACACAGCACCAGAAGAGGAGUUAAUGACUUUAUCUGGUAUUACACGUACAGUUGCAAAAAAACACUUGUUGAAUAUCGCACAGCCAUUGGAGGUUUUAGGCGAGUUGAAGAUUUGGCUCUCGUUUCUGGCGUUGGAGCUGCAAAACUGCAGGAAUUUAAAUCUGAUAUAACUGUUAAGAAAAAGUCAUCCAGGUA